UUACUGGUCACGUGACUCCCGUCUUGCGCUCUCUCCACUACAGCCUUCCUAGCUCCUCCACUGCCAGAGUCCGGCGUUAUGGCUGCCGCCAUUCUACGCGCCGCUUCUCUCUCCCCACUAUUUCCCCUUCUCCUGUUCCUUUUGUUCCUCUCCGCUCCGCAGGGCGGCAGCGGCCUGCACACCAAGGGUGCCCUUCCCCUGGAUACAGUCACUUUUUACAAGGUCAUUCCCAAAAGCAAGUUCGUCUUGGUGAAGUUCGACACCCAGUACCCCUACGGUGAGAAGCAGGAUGAGUUCAAGCGUCUGGCUGAAAACUCGGCCUCCAGCGAUGAUCUCUUGGUGGCAGAGGUGGGGAUCUCAGAUUAUGGUGACAAGCUGAAUAUGGAACUGAGUGAGAAAUACAAGCUGGACAAAGAGAACUACCCAGUCUUCUACCUCUUCCGGGAUGGGGACUUUGAGAACCCAGUCCUGUACAGUGGGGCAGUUAAGGUUGGAGCCAUCCAGCGCUGGCUAAAGGGGCAUGGGGUCUACCUAGGUAUGCCUGGUUGCCUGCCUACAUACGACAACCUUGCUGGAGAGUUCAUUAAGGCCUCUGGUGUGGAGGCCCGCCAGGCCCUCUUGAAGCAGGGACAGGAUAACCUCGCAAGUGUGAAGGAGACUGAGAGGAAGUGGGCCGAGCAAUACCUGAAGAUCAUGGGGAAGGUCUUAGACCAGGGCGAGGACUUCCCAGCAUCAGAGAUGACCCGGAUCACCAAGCUGAUUGAGAAGAACAAGAUGAGCGACGGGAAGAAGGAAGAGCUCCAGAAGAGCUUGAACAUCUUGACUGCCUUCCAGAAGAAGGGGGCCGAGAAGGAGGAGCUGUAAAAAGGCACUCCAAGGUUUUCCAGUUUGGUGAGGGUGGGGAGGGAGAGUUACCUGCUGGCUGUGAGACCCUUCUGAGAUAUCAGGGAGUGGUGGGGAAAGUGACACUAGUAACCAGAAAUCUGAGCAUGCCUGGACAUUGAUGCUGAUAUGACCAUGCUUGGGACAUCUCUAUAGCCAGUCUGGGUAUAGCUAGAACGCUUAUUCAGAUGGCUUGUGAAAUUCACCCUCAGAAGGAAUUGGUGCUAUAAAGAAUGUACAGCCCAGACCGUUAACAGGUGUAAUUCUGAUCCAAUUAAAGUUUCCAUGUUUUGGCUAAGUGGACCUGAAGCUAUUCAGUUUUCUUUUACAAAUGAUACCUUGGCCUAUGACCUGCUUUCUCUUUUGAAUUUUUAAUCUAAGCUGGUAUGGACCCCACUCUACCAGGGUAACAGAUUAUCUUGACAACACUCUGGAAACUGGUCCCAGCUCAAUGGCUACCUUUAUUACUUUCGACUGGUGUUCAGAUUCAAGUGGACUGAUUGUGGGUGGUAUAUUGCAUUGUCCAUUUUCUCAUCCUUAAAAUUGAAUGGCAACGUUAAUGAACUUCAGUGUAAUAAUUUUCCAUAUGCCACGAGAUACAUAUAGCAAAUUCAUAGUUUUGCUGAUAUAAUCUGAUAAGUUUUUUCAAGUUUGAUUUAGAUACCUAAAUGAUGCAAUUCAGUUCAAUUUGGAAAUUAAAAAAGGGAUUGUUUUCCAGUUAAGUUACUUUGUCACUGUCAGUUACUCAGUAAGCACCAACUUUUAAAAAGCAGAGGGAGGAAGCACUGUACUGACUUUGAAACUUCUCGUGAGUGAUGAGCAAUAUCUGCAAUAAGCUUCAUAACAUUCCCACUUUCUUAUUUAACUAUUUGAAAUUAUGAAACUGUAGCUCCUGAAAUAUGUCUAAUUGCACCCAAAGAAAUUUAAGUUGAACAGAGAUGGCAAAUAAAAUCUUAAAUGUU